CAUUAUGUCAGGCCGUGCUGAUGUUGAUGCAUUAAUGUUUGGACUAUGAACUUUCAAGUCUCUUAUUUUUCUUUAAACUGUUAUUAUUAUUUGUUCUGAAUUCUCCUAAAUAAAACAUGUCUCAAUCGCAAAGAGCAGCAGUAAUCAAUCUCUACAAAACGCUGUUGUACCUGGGUCGCGAUUGGCCUCAAGGCUACGAUCUGUUUCGAAAACGACUGCAUAAAGUGUUUACCAAGAAUAGCAACGAAACGGACCCGGCUAAGAUCGACAUGAUGAUUAAACAUGGACACUACGUGGUUAAGGAAAUAGAGGCUUUGUAUAUGCUAAAAAAAUACCGCACAAUGAAACGAAGAUAUUACGACGGUAAAUACUUUUGAGACAUAGAUAUCAUAUUUUAGGCACCAGAGUUUUAAAAUACUAUAUUUGUAUUAUAAGUAUUGUAUUGUUACAUCCUCAGAUGAUGUUUAUUUUUGAUAAUAAUAUUGUUUUACAAUUUAUAGCACUAGUUGUAGUUUACUCUUUAUUAAUAAUGUACUAAAGUGUAUAAAUGUAUCUAGUAGUUAUGAUUCGGUCAAAUAGUGUUUGUUGAAAAACUAAAUAUAGCCAGCAUUCUAUGAAUGUAGUAUGAUACCUUUGGGUAUGGUGCUUUACGCAGGCUAGCGUCCCGUCCCCUCCCCCUGACACAACCCUCCCCUUUUAGCAUAAAUAUGUCCCGGUUGGGAGUUUUUUUUGUUUUUUGGGGAAAGUAUACAAUAUAGGAAAAAAGUGUCAAUGAAAGAAAUGUUCCCUAUUAAAUUCUAAACAAAAAAGGUUAUCUUCAUUUUUUUAUACGACGCACCAUAUUCAUGUUAUGGCUAGAUGAACUUCGACAAAAUUUAACCGUUGAAAAACUUUCAGAAGAUCAAUAUAACAUAGUACGUGAUAGUACUAAAAGAAAUCAUACUAGGACAAUAACCUUGCAAGCUUAUUUUCCGUAUAAGAUUUUUUUCAGUACUAUCACGUACUAACUUAUAAUGAACUUCAACAAGUUAAUACAUGAAUAUGGUGAGUCUUACUAAAAAGUUGUAUAUAAUCUUUUUUGUUUAAAAUUUAUUAAGGAUUAUUUCUUACCUUGACAUUUAUUUCCUAACUCUAAUACUUUUCUCAAAAAUAAAAAAAAACCGUAAACCGGGACAUAUUUCAUGCUAAAAGGGGGGGUUGCGUCAGGGGGAGGGGGAGGGACGCUAGUGUGCGUAAAGCACCAUACCCAAAGGUAUCAUACUACAUUCAUAGAAUGCUGGCUAUAAUUAGUUUUUCUUGCCCAUACAUUAGAACAUAAUUUAACCGAAUCAUUAGUUGGUCCUGUUGUUUAAUUAGUUAUUAAAAAGUGUUUCUAUAUUAUCUGGUAAGUACACUACAUCCCAACUUAUAUUUAUGUCUUUCUUUGUAUCUGCAUCUGUAAACCAGCAUAGUACAGUCAAGUCAAGUGUAAAAUAUGGGUGCAUUCAUCAUACUCAAAAAUAUGUCCCAUAGAUCUUAUGUCAGCGAAUUAAGAACUAUGGGACAUAUUGUUGUACGUACCCAUAUUUUGACUGUACUUACAUCAUUAAAUAAAAAUGCCCGAAAAUGGUUGUAAUAGUUUAAAAAGUAGGUAAGGACUAUUUGCAUACAUGUUUUUAAAGUAAAUACUUUAAAUUUCCAUUAUUGUCAAUAAAUAUUGAGCAUUAAUAA